CGGCGGCGCGGGAUGGAGGCCGGCGGACACGUUUGAGAAGGUCGGGGGGCCGAGCCGCGUCCGGGACAGCUAACAGAAGUCUAAACACAAUCAGAUAUGGCGGACAACAGUGAUUUAAUAUCCACUGCUGGAAGGAGUUUUUUGGCAGACACAUCCAUUUUUGAUUCCAGAAUUACAGAAACUACUAAGGAAAACUCGUUUAUUGGACCUGCCUUAGGUGUUGAAGAAGAAAUGCCACAGAUUGAAGCCAGGGUGAUUCUGGUCCAAGAAGCUGGAAAGCAAGAAGAACUUAUAAAAGCCUUGAAGACCGUUAGAAUAAUGGAAGUCCCAGUUAUAAAGAUAAAAGAAAGUUGUCCUGGAAAAUCGGAUGAAAAAUUAGUAAAAAGUAUUAUUAAUAUGGAAAUUAAAAUGCCCUUUAUAAAGGCGGAAUCAGUAAAGGAGCUUGAAGAUGCUGAUUCUCCAGAAUUUGAGAAUAUAUUUGUGGUCAAAGAUUUCCAGGAUUCUUUCUUUAAUGACUUGUACAAAGCUGACUGUAGAGUUCUUGGACCACCAAUCAUACUGAACUGUGCACAAAAAGGAGAGGCUCUGCCAUAUUCGUGUCGUCCACUCUUCUGUAGUAGUAUGCUAAAUCUUGUUCUCUGCUUCACUGGAUUCAGGAAGAAAGAAGAACUGGUCAGGCUGGUGACAUUGGUCCAUCACAUGGGAGGAGUAAUUCGGAAAGAUUUCAAUUCCAAAGUCACACAUCUAGUGGCAAGUUGUACCCAAGGGGACAAAUUCAGAGUUGCAGUGAGUCUGGGCACUCCAAUUAUGAAACCAGAGUGGAUUUACAAGGCCUGGGAGAGGAGAAAUGAACAAGAUUUUUGUGCAGCUCAUGAUGACUUUAGAAAUGAAUUUAAAGUAUCCCCAUUUCAAGAUUGCAUGUUGAGUUUCCUGGGUUUUUCAGAUGAGGAGAAAGCUAACAUGGAAGAAAUGACAGAAAUGCAAGGGGGAAAUUUCUUACCUGUUGGAGAUGAGAGGUGUACUCAUCUUGUAGUUGAAGAAAAUACAGUAAAAGAGCUUCCAUUUGAGCCUCCAAAGAAACUUUAUGUUGUUAAGCAAGAAUGGUUCUGGGGAAGCAUUCAAAUGGAUGCCAGAGCUGGAGAAACGAUGUAUCUUUAUGAAAAGGCUAACACUCCUGAACUCAAAAAAUCAGUAUCCUUGCUCUCUCUGAGUACACCAAAUAGCAAUCGUAAGAGACGUCGUUUAAAAGAGACAUUGGCCCAACUGGCACGAGAAACUGACAUAUCCCCAUUCCCUCCUCGUAAACGGCCAUCCGCUGAACACUCCCUCUCUAUAGGGUCACUGUUGGAUAUCUCUAACACCACAGAGUCUGGCAGUAACUAUGGAGAAACACCAAAGUCUUGUGCCAAGCCUUCUAAAAUUUCCACUCCUGCUCCUCCAAAGCAGUCGGCAAGGUGGCAGGUUGCAAGGGAACUCUAUCAGACUGAAAGUAAUUAUGUUGGUAUUUUGACUACAAUCCUUCAGUUAUUUCAAGUUCCAUUGGAAGAGGAAGGGCAACGAGGAGGGCCUAUCCUUGCCCCCGAAGAGAUCAAGACCAUUUUUGGCAGCAUUCCAGAUAUAUUUGAAGUACACACUAAAAUAAAAGAUGAUCUUGAAGACCUCAUUAUACAUUGGGAUGAAAGCAAAAGUAUCGGUGAUAUAUUCCUUAAAUAUUCAAGGGAUUUGGUGAAAACCUAUCCUCCUUUUGUAAACUUCUUUGAAAUGAGCAAGGAAAUGAUUAUAAAGUGUGAAAAACAGAAACCAAGAUUUCAUGCUUUCUUAAAGAUAAAUCAAGCUAAACCAGAGUGUGGACGGCAAAGCCUUGCAGAGCUACUUAUUCGACCAGUACAACGACUACCCAGUGUUGCUCUUCUUCUUAAUGAUCUUAAGAAGCAUACAGCAGAUGAAAACCCUGACAAAAUCACUCUAGAGAAAGCCAUUGGAUCUUUAAAGGAAGUAAUGACACACAUUAAUGAAGACAAGAGAAAAACUGAAGCACAGAAACAAAUAUUUGAUGUUGUUUAUGAGGUGGAUGGAUGCCCAGCUAAUCUUUUGUCCUCACAUCGAAGCUUAAUACAGAGAAUUGAAACAAUUUCUCUAGGUGAACACCCCUGUGAUAGAGGAGAACAAGUAACCCUCUUUCUCUUCAAUGACUGCCUGGAGAUAGCAAGAAAACGGCACAAAGUUAUCGGUGCUUUCAAGAGCCCUCAUGGCCAAACACGACCCCCAGCAUCUCUUAAACACAUUCGUCUAAUGCCUCUUUCUCAAAUCAAAAAGGUGCUGGACAUCAGAGAGACAGAAGAUUGCCAUAAUGCUUUUGCCUUGCUCGUGCGGCCACCGACAGAGCAGACAAAUAUACUGCUCAGUUUCCAGAUGACGUCGGAAGAACCUCCCAAGGAGAACUGGCUGAAAAUGUUAUGUCGGCAUGUAGCAAACACCAUUUGCAAGGCAGAUGCGGAAAAUCUUAUAUACACUGCAGAUCCAGAGUCUUUUGAAGUAACUACAAAAGAUAUGGACAGUACAUUAAGUAGAGCCUCCAGAGCAAUAAAAAAGACUUCCAAAAAGGUUACCAGGGCUUUCUCUUUCUCCAAAACUCCAAAGAGAGCCCUCCGACGGGCUCUAAUGGCACACAGCACAGCAGAAGGACGAAGCCCUCAGUCCAGCAACGACACCUACAUAGGCGGCCGACUGACCAGCACGUCCUCAUUGGCAGGAAUCCCAUCUCCAUCCUUGGUCAGCCUGCCAGCCUUCUUUGAAAAGAGGAGUCACACUUUAAGUCGAUCUACAACUCACUUGAUAUGAAUCAGUCCCCUUGUAAAUGCCCUUAAAAAUGAAAUGACUGACAAACAACUUGCUGUGCCCUGGCAGAAGACGGAGUUAAUGGUACUUGAGUAAUUGGCACUUAGUGAGAGCUGGCAAGAUAUUAAAUAACACUAAAGUAACCCAUAAGGUGCAUACGUUUUUGUAAGAAUAAAAGUUUACCUAUAGUUGUACAACUGCAUUCAGAAUUCUAUAUUGGUUUAGAUGUAAUUUAUUUUUUUCCCUCCAAACCUUCCUGAGCUGGGGCCUUAAGUUAUUUUUAAUAGCAGAAGCUUUGUUCAUCCGAUAGUAAAUAAUUUCAGUAUUGUAGGCCAAAAGACCGACGAACUCUGUUUUCAGAGUAUCCGUUGCUAAAUUUAAUUGAAUUACAGGUAUGUGCCUAAGCUCGAUAUCCAAUAGGAAGUUUCUUUGAUGGCAUCUGUUGUUAAAACAUUCACUGAACAAAUUACUGCAUGGGCCACUGAUGAAAAGACGCCUUUUCUCACAUGUGCUGCAGAGAAUGUGGUCAAUCAACUAUUAGGUUAUGUAGUUUACUUCGAUUUAGUACAAGUAAAAGUUACUUUGCCUUUAUUAAGAAAUGGAACAGUCAAAUUUUAAAAAUUAUUUUUGGUAGACUGUAGGAAGUAAAGGGCAAAUAGUUUUUAUUGUAUAUUCUGUACAAAAUAUUGAUGGGGUACAUAUAUUUGUAUCACAAAAUCCACUUAUUUUGUUUCCACAGAAAUACCUUGUU